AUGUCCCCGUCAGCUACUCAUUCAGUUGAUGCACCUGCAGGCGGUGUUUCAACAAUGGAAGGGAACCCAGAACCACUUUGCGCCAUUGUCACGCCAAUGGGGAUGCUUGGCUAUGGUUUUGACGAGCAGCUCCUGACUAGAACGCUCGACGAGUUAGUCGGAGGAGCACCAUCCUUCAAUGUGGCCGUUAUCAUGGAUUCUGGCUCGACAGAUUCCGGUCCAUCAAAGUUAGCAUUAGGCACUAUGACUUGCCCUGAGGAGUCCUACCGACGAGAUUUGACAAAACUAGUCCGGGCAGUAAUUAACUACAAGGUGCCUGUUCUCAUAUCUUCAGUUGGUGGAGAUGGGAGCAAUGAGCACGUUGAUCUAUUUGUGAAAAUGGUUCAAGAAAUUGCCGCAUCGCUCAACUGCCCUAGAAAACUCAACGUCCUUGCUUUGUAUUCUGAAGUGUCCAAGGAUGUGGUUGAGCAGAAGCUUCUGGCUGGGGACAUAACUGGUUGUGGAGAUGAGGUCCCCCAGCUUACAGUCGAAGAAAUCAACUCCACUCCACGAAUACUGGCCCAGAUGGGCCACGAGCCUAUACUAGAAGCCAUACUAAGUAACCCUGAUUUUGACAUUCUUAUUGCGGGACGGGCUUAUGACCCGGCCAUCUUUGUGGCUUUUUGUGCGAUGAGCCAGGCCGGGCCAUCCCCGCCUCAGGAGUCGCUUAACAACACAUUAUUGGGGGGAUUUUACCACAUGGGCAAGAUCAUGGAGUGUGGUGGCCUUUGCGCAACACCCAAAUCGGCUGGAGCGGUCGCUUUAGUUUAUAAAGACGGCACGUUUGACAUUUCUACCCCGGACCCUGCUGCAAGAUGCGUUCCUCUUAGCGUGGCCGCCCAUACGCUUUACGAGAAGGCCCGACCUGAUAUCUUACAUGGCCCAGGAGGGUAUUUAGACCUAACUCGGACCACGUAUGAACAACUGCCAGAUGAGAUUACGGUGAGGGUUCGCGGAGCGGAUUUCAUACCAUCGACCGCACAAGGUUCUCCGUAUACGGUCAAGUUAGAAGGCGCUCGCGUUAUUGGUUCCCGAAGCAUCUUCUUUGGGUCAUUUAAAGAUCCUAUUCUCAUCGGCCAAAUACACGAAUAUCUCGAGGGUGUCAAGGCACGUUGCGCCUUACAGCAUGUAGGUAUGGAUGGCACUUGGAAACUCGACUUUCAUAUCUAUGGCGCUCCGGAAAAGAGUUCCGAUAGCGCCAAUCCCGUCAACAGGACUCAGAACCUACAAGAAGUUUUCGUUGUAGGGGAGGUACUCGCAGCGUCACCAACACUUGCGAGAAGCUUGGCGUCCACCGCAAGAGUGUAUUGCUCUCAUGCUGCCUACAAGGGGCAGAUGGCAACUUCUGGAAACUUUGCAUUCGGCAUCGGAGGUAAGACGGAACUAGAUGUUGGCGAUUGCUGCGAGUUUUCUAUCUAUCAUCUAAUGAACUUGAUUCAUGGAGAGCAACAUGGACAUGCGAUACAUACCGGAGAAAAGAAGAUUGUUGAGAAAGGUCUUACAGUUCACGGAAUAUUCCCGUGGCAAAGAGUGGAAAUCCCAGCCUCUGUCUCAGGGAACACCAAUUCAACUGGACCGAUAUCCAGAUCAGAGUCAAAUGUGGACACCAUCAGUGCCAAGAAAGAGCGCUUAGUUGACCAGGACAAGAAAACCCUUCCUGCCAAGGACUUCAGCCACGCCAAAGCACUGAAAGACGUGGCAAAGGUCAUCCGGUCCAAGAACGCAGGUCCCUUCCAGAUUACCUUUGACGUUAUCUUUGAUGACCCAGUCCUCUACGAGGUCGUAAAGUCGUCAGGAAUACUACGUCAAGAGGCAGUGGCCCACCUCUUCAGACGAUCGGUGGACGAGGUGGUCUGGUGUGGCUUCUUUGACCAGGCCUUGGCUUUCAAGCUCACUCUCCCCAGGACUAGAAACGGAGAACUGCGGUGUUCCGGGGGGUUUAUGGAAAAUGACGUGCACGGAUCUCAGCAGUACUUGCCUCUGAUGGAGCUUCCGUUAAGUGAGGAACUCAAGAGAACUCUGAAGGCAAUGGGCUGA